GAUGAUAGUAUAUAUGUAUGAGAGAGAAGGAAACCAAGAGUUGAUUCUCAGUCCUUACAUAUUAUAAUGUAUUCAUCUGUCACUGAAAGGACACACAUAGCAGACAGAAGCUGUCCAGCAGUUUAUAAAAUAAACAACAAAAAAACAACAAAAAAAGUAGACAUAAUAGCAGGCGUUAAGCUGUGAAAAAUUCUUAUAAACCACACCUCCAUGUUCACAGGAAACCGUUAGUGCGCUAAAACCCACAGCACAGCAGGGAUAGAGACAGGGGAGAGCCAGAGACAUACAGAGAGCACUGUAAGAAAGCAAAACAGGAAAUAUCAUUUGUUAAAAAUAAAGACAUCAAAGAAAUGGGAUACAAAAUAAGUCAGAAAAAGAGAUAAAGUAUAAAAAGACGAAGAACAAAGGAGAGGGUGGGACAGAGAAAGUGAAUAGUAUUAGAGGGGGAGGAGAGAGGGGAUGGCAUGUGUGCUGGCUGACACUUCACUCUUCUGCUUUUUGACGUGACACAGCUUCAGGUUUGACGACAGAGCACAUGUGGAGAGACCUGGGUCCUCGCCGACAACAUUUUGGGUGCUGAUACAUGAGGCCAGAUGUCGUGUUUGAGCGGAAAAGCUUUAGCCCACCGACAACCCACAGAGAUGAGUCACAGUGAAUGAAAUAAUGGGUUUCCAUUGGCAAGAUCAGAGGAUUAAAACUGCUGUAUACUGAAAAGGUAGGGUGCAUUUCUUUUUCUUUUUUAUUUUACAUAGCUCUAACUCUUCAUAUAGCCCUAACUUCUGUUAUGUCAACAAGAUUGAUCAGACCAGCAAUGAUAUUUCGGUCACAGUGAGAUGACAAGUCUCUACUGGAUAUCACAAAUAGGCAAAAGACUACAGAGACAAACUGCAAAAAGGAAGUGAAAUAACAUUGUUCAGUCACAAUGAAGAAGUCUUCAGUUCACACAGACAGUCUCUGUUACAGGCAUAUAGUACGUGCAAAAGUGAAAGCAAUGAGAGGGUUAGGGUUAGGGUUAGAGAGGCUAAUCACACUAAAACAGUCACACAUGGGUCAAAGGCCAGAGAGGCUAAAAGGAGGACUUGGGACAGAGGGUCCACUGGGGGAUGUUUCUGAGUGUUGUGAAGUAGGAUAAAAAGCAGAGUUCUGCACCAGAGACCAGGGUGCUUUGGAUGAGUUUGUAUCUCAUAAAGAAAAUCCCCUCUUUACUGAGCCAAAAUUCUUCUGCUUGUUAAUGUCAUGCCUCAGAACCGGUGGUGGAAAGUACAGCACUCUACUGUAAUUGUGACACACUUGAGUUUUUGCAUUUUGUGGUACUUAAUGCCACUCUUUCACUAUAUUUCUGGGGGAAAUACUGUGCUUUUUACUCCACUACAUUUAUUUGACAGCUAUAGUUACCAGUAAAUUUUCAGAUAAAGACAUUAAAAAUAUAUGAUAGGCUUAUAAAACAUUGUCAAAGAUUAAACCUGUGACUCCCAAGUGUCUGUGGGGCUCCAUAUACACUUGUCAGGUGAAAAGUUCAAAAGAUUUGUAUAACUUUGUGUAGUAAUGUCAUUACGAAUCAGAUUCGUCUUCCAUUCAUUUUGCAUAUAAUAUUUCUGUGCUUUUAUUUCGAGAAGAUUCUGAAUGCAGGACCUUUACUUGUCACUGAGUGGUUUUACAUUGUUAUGUUGGUACUGAUCUUGGUACUUAUUGCAGCACUGUUGAGAAGCUUGAAAAUAGGACAAGAGCAUACUCAGUUGCCUCUGCGAGUCCUCUGUUUAGAGUACAUCCUCCAAAAGUUAAGGCAGAUGUUAAACAGCUGUGCAUCAUCAGUAUCAACUAUGUCACAUUGUUUUUUUGCUGCUUGUCAACCUUCUCUAAGUAAUGAUGUUUUUUUAAUCAUUAUCAAUGUCUUUACAUUAUAACCGGAGAUUUAAAGGCAUGAAGGAUGUAAAAAUUUUAAAGGCAAUCAGAAAUGUCUUAAAAAGCAGCAACUUAACUGUAUUUAAGACUAUAUCUAAGACCAGCACAAUGAAAACAAAAUAAUUUCUCUGUUUCUUUUGUAAUGAUUAGCUAGGAUCAGGCUGGUAAAAAGAAAAAUCAGAUAAUAAAAGAGACAGAACUUCAUAGCUCAUACUGCGUGUUUUUAAAUGGUUAAGCAAACAUUAAAGUCCAUAUUAACCCAGGCUACACCUACUAAUGUUUUCAGCAGUAGGCGUAGGCAUCUUCUGCUGUAGAUCAUGCAUACAAGGAGAAAGUUCACUUAGAGACAUUACUCCACAUUUCCAUUUGUUGAUUUAAAUUCAACAUCUGAAGUUCAUUAUGUUGCUAAAAACCUUCUAAAAUCCUUCAGAAUCACUUUCAUUUUGUGUUUCUGGAAAUGUCACAAAGCAUGAUGUAUCAUCACACUGAAUUCACCACAGCAACGUUUGUUCCUCACACUGAAGUUGUGACUUGCUAACCACACGUCUGGUUUGACUUCUUUGGCAACCAUUCUAGUUUUAGUGAUGCCUUGCCGCGACACAUAUCAAAUCGGCCUGUUGUAGGCCACCGUGCGGGUGAAAAUGCUCAGCCAUGAACACUACGUGGGAGAGUAUCGCAUCAACUUCUCUGUGGGUUUUGCAUAAUUACAGUAAACAGGACUCUAGAAGCUGCAGUUGCACACAAUUACUGUAUUAUAUUUGCACGUGGUAUAACAAGCUGAGGCUAUGGUUGACAGGUGUGAGUGUUUGCAUAAAUGAGUACUGUACGGUGUGAUAUGUCUGACGGCAAAAUGUUAUUUCACCAGACCUGACAGCUAUCUGUGCAACAUUCAAAAUAUGCUGUCAUCAAAAGUUGAUUGACUGUGGCACAAAUAUCCUCCUGUUUUCUGCAGACACCUGCUACCACCUAUCCCAGCAUGCACUGGGCAAGAGACUGGGGUUUGGGAUUGAAUGCAGUCUGAAACAUCAAGAGUUUAAUCAGUGCUGGACACACACUUUAGGAAUGCUCAAACAGGUCCAUCACCAGACUACAAGCAACUUCCAGCUGGCUCACAAAGCAGCUUGUGUUAACAGUAAUCAGUGAACAGCAUUUGGCCUAAAAUGAGCUUUGUCAACCACAGCUGCAAAAGCAGUGAAGACCUCCGCACUUACCAGCACCACUUGUAUGCAGUGGUGUACAGUGUGAUCUUAGCACCAGGCCUGCUGGGUAACGUGCUAGCCCUCUGGGUGUUUCGGGUUUAUGUCAGAGAAACCAAGAAGGCUGUGGUGUUCAUGAUGAACCUGGCUGUGGCUGACCUGCUGCAGGUGCUCUCUCUGCCUCUGCGGAUCUACUAUUACCUGAACAACACCUGGCCCUUUGGUCAUCUUCUCUGCAUGAUCUGCUUUUACCUGAAGUAUGUCAACAUGUAUGCCUCCAUCUACUUCCUGGUGUGUGUCAGCGUGCGUCGCUGUGAGCUCUUCAAGCGCCCGCUGAGAUAUAACUCAUCCAAGCGCAAAAGAGACCUGUUGAUCUGUGCCCUUGGUUGGCUGUUGGUCUUCCUAUGCUGCCUUCCCUUCCCUCUCCUGAGGAACUCCACCAUUGACUUCAACUCUAACUCCAGUGACAGACUUCUCACCUCAGAGGCAAGCGGUCACCUCAAAGGUCCCAACUUGGUGUGUUUCUCAGAACUGCCCAUGAGGACUGUCAGCAUUCCAGCAGCCGGGGCUCUCCUGAUCAUAGCCGAGCUGUUGGGUUUCAUCAUCCCCCUCAUCCUGGUAUUAGCCUGCACCUUUCUGACAGCCAGGAGCCUUCGGGAGCGGACAGCAGGGGCAAUUCCAGACCAAGGAGAGAAGCGGAGGGCUUUACGGAUGGUCCUAAGCUGUGCUGUGGUUUUCUUGGUGUGCUUUGUUCCUUAUCAUAUCACUAUGCCCCUGGACUUCCUGGUUAAAGCCAAUGUGCUGAGAAGCUGUGCCUUCACGGACCUGAUUCUGCGAUGUCACCCGGUUACGCUCUGUCUGGCCAGUCUGAACUGUAGCUUAGACCCUCUCAUGUACUAUUUCACAACUGAUGAAUUCUGGAGGCGACUGAGCAAGCCGGAGAUACCAGAAAGCAUAGCUUUUGGUAGGCGCCUGUCCUGUAUAAGUGGAGGAGAAGAUUAAUAGACUAAAUAGACUACAGUGAGCUUCUCUUUAAGGAGAACAGUUUAAUCUCAACCACUAAUCCCGUACAUAAAGUCUUUGCACUCAUAAAAACUAAGGGAAAUAUAAUUUUCUCAUAAGCAGUAUGUGCAAAUAUGAAAUGUGAAUUUUUUUUCUAUUUAUACUUCAAUAAAAGAACUGUAUUUUUAAA